AUGUGUGACGACGUUCAAGCACUCGUAGUUGAUAACGGAUCUGGUAUGUGUAAGGCUGGUUUCGCUGGUGAUGAUGCACCAAGAGCUGUCUUCCCUUCCAUCAUUGGUAGACCAAAGCAAAAGUCCAUCAUGGUUGGUAUGGGUAACAAGGAUGCCUAUGUUGGUGAUGAAGCUCAAUCCAAGAGAGGUAUUUUGACUUUGAAGUAUCCAAUUGAACACGGUAUUGUCACCAAUUGGGAUGAUAUGGAAAAGAUCUGGCAUCACACCUUCUACAAUGAAUUGAGAGUUGCUCCAGAGGAACAUCCAGUCUUGUUGACUGAAGCUCCAUUGAAUCCAAAGGCUAACAGAGAAAAGAUGACUCAAAUCAUGUUUGAAACCUUCUCUGUUCCAGCCAUGUAUGUUGCCAUUCAAGCUGUCUUGUCUUUGUAUGCUUCUGGUCGUACCACUGGUAUUGUUUUGGACUCUGGUGAUGGUGUCUCUCACACUGUUCCAAUUUAUGAAGGUUAUGCUUUUGCCUCAUGCUAUUUUGAGAUUGGAUUUGGCUGGUAG